AGGAAAUGAUAAAGAAGAGCCUUUAAAAAACACGAAAGAAACGAGGUCCCAAAACAGCAAUGAAGCAAACAAAGAGUUACAAAGAAUGAAGGACAAACAACAGGCACUGCUCAAGUAUUUGAUAAAAGCGAAGAAAACGGAAGAAGAGCUGAAAAUCAAUCUCAUCCAGUUAUCUCGAGAGCUUCAUACGUAUGAUAAAAUCAACAAUAAAUUACAACGUUCCAACGUGCGCCAGGAUUUUAACUUACCCACAGUUUUUGUUAUCACUCCUACGUUCACUCGAUUUGUUCAGAAAGCUGAGUUAACACGAGUCUCACAAGCUCUAAAGUCUGUCAAAAAUCUUCACUGGAUUGUGGUUGAAGACUCCGUGAACAAAUCUAACUUGGUAGCAAAUUUCCUGAGGAAUUCAGGCUUAAAGUACACUCAUCUUAACGUUAGAACACCUGAAAAUCUACGACGCCAGCGACGUGAGAUACGAAGGUUAAAACCACGUGGGGUGGCACAGAGGAAUCUUGGGAUUCAAUGGUUAAGGGAUAAUAUUGAUCCCCACAGGAUUACUGGAGUGGUUUAUUUUGCAGACGAUGACAACACAUACGAUAGUCGAAUCUUUGAUGAGAUGCGUUGGAUUCAGGGAGUAGGUGUUUGGCCAGUGGCAUUCACCGGUGCCGCUCGUUGGGCAGGUCCCGUAUGUCAGAAUGGACAGGUCGUUGGUUUCCACGCGAAGUGGGGUCUGUUUCGACCAUUCCCUAUCGACAUGGCUGCAUUUGCUGUGAAUAUCAAGAAGUUAUUAAUUGAUUUCCCAGAAGCUAAGUUCCUGGCACCACAGAGAGCAGGGAUGCUAGAAUCGUCUUUGCUAAGUCAAAUAACUACUGUUAAGGAGUUGGAGCCUGUCACGCCAAAUUGUAGCAAGGUGUACGUAUGGCACACGAGAACGGAAACACCGAAAGACAGCAUUUUAGGAGAAAAGCAGCUGAGAAAAGAAAGGAGGCCUUCCGAUAAAAACAUCGAAACGUAACCCAAGUUGAAUAAGAUAGUUGUAGUUAGUAAACACCAUUACCUCAUUUAUGGCUAUUUUUGAUAAGGAUUUGGAGGCCCAUUAAGUUAUCCCUAAGCUUGAGAUUAAGUUAAGUCAUUCUCGAUCCCUGUGGGUAAAGAUUUAAUUUGUGUCCAACAUGGUGUUGAGACUUAAGCGACUGAAAGAGAGAAAAUUCUAUAUUCGUCCCUGAUCUCGAUGUUGGUUAUUUUACGUGCUACCCCGGCGUUAAGCCCAUGUUGGAAUUUUUAUAAAUGGUGAAUGGCUUUUUCGAUUUUUUAAGGCAAAAGAUAACAGCUUAGAAGACAGCAGAAUUACAAGAGAACAAAAAAUAUCUCGAUAAAACAUUGGCGCGUCAAACGAUUUAUGAUUUCUUCGAAGAUCGUGAUAGAAGCAAUAAAGCAUAGAUUCGUUAAUUUUGUUUGUUUAUUUAUUUAUACUAGGUCAAUAACGCAUUCGCGCCUCCAAGGGCCAAUGAGCGACUGAAGGGCAAAUAGCUGUUUAACACAAUAAAAAAUAAAGAUCGUUAAAUGAAAAAGGGCUUCAUUUACGAUAAUUUCGUUCCUUAAUAGACCUUUCCCGCAUUCCACUUAAGUGCGUACGAACAAUAGCACCAGAGCGAGGUUGGGGUGGACAU